AUGACGUCAAAAUUUUCUGGGCUUGGAAUGGCUCUCCAAGAGCCGUUAUUUGAGCCAAAUCUUUCUGAAGAUACUGAAGACAGUAGCACCUACUCUUUAACAACUGUGAGUGAAAAUGACAAUGUCUAUAAGGAAGUCUGUAUAGACUUUGAUAAUGCUGACUUGACUGUUUUGAAAAUUGAGAGGCUUACUAACUCUCAUUUGUGGAAACGCUAUGAGACCGAGAGGAACCUAAUGAUUAAACAGAGAAGAAAUUUAGAUCCAGAUUUCACACUUAAUGAGAAGUAUCUUUAUCAUGGCACAAGUGCGUUGAAAUCUUUCAUCUGUGAAGAGGGUCUGGAUUCCCGAAUGUCUAAGGAAGGCUGCUUUGGCAAAGGGGUUUAUUUUAGUGACUUCCCAAGGAAAUGUGUCAAAUAUGCAGAAAGGGGAGAAAAUUCUGAGUCUUUUAUUUUACUCGUAAGAGUUAUCCGUGGUACUCCCAAGAUUUAUCCAAAAGGAGAAAAGGAUAGAAAGCUAGUUAGAGAACCUGAAAAGACUCCACCUUACAAAGGCUACAGAUUUUAUGAUUCAGUUGAGGGCUGCCCUGUCAACCACAAAGAGUUUGUGGUCUAUGAAAGUCGGCGAGCGCUUGUGGAGUGCAUCAUCACAUUCUCCAAAAAAAGUACUCCUAAAGCAGUUUCUGAUAGCUUGCAGCCGUCCGUUGUUGCCAGGAAUGAAGCUUUUAGUGACAUUGAUUCGGAUUUUUCAGAUUCUGACACUGAUGCACCUACUGAACGGCGCCGUGUGGAUGAAUAUGCUGAUGACAGGAGUCAGAGCUCUGAUGAUGAUAGUGAUGAGGACAUUGCAGGAGCCAACGACAGUUCUGCAGAAGUUUUGCUGAAACAGAAACAGGCGGAAUUUCGAAAGAAGACUGGAGUAAUGGAUGAUUACAUUGUGGAUCAGUACCUUCUCAGAGGAAACCUGAGUGUCUCAGAAGCUGUUAGGUUGUUUAGAGAAAAGCCCAAAGAUGGUGAACUGGCAUACAGAGAAGAGAUACCAGGGCGCUCUGAGCUAGAAUUGGAGUUAGAGCAAGCCAACAAGAGACCGGAACAUCCUGCCCCAGGUUCCAGUGAAUGGCAGAGAUUGAGUGAGGAAGAUAAGGAAGAAGUUAUCAAGAGUCUGGUGGACGAUUUCCUCAGUGUCACUGGCAUGACAGAAAAAGACUAUGCCAGGACACGUCUGUCGUCAGUGAACUAUAGCCUGGACCAUGCAGUGCUUGCCCACUAUGAAGAAAUAUCAAGCGAAUUUGGUAUUGUGUAA